AGGAUGAUAGAUAUCUGAAUUCUACUUCAGAAAAAAAAAAAAAAAAAGCAGAUACAAGAAAAACAUAAAAAUUUUUGGAACUUGUACUUGAAUUCUUCCUCAAAUCCAGAACCAUAAACCAUAUAAGAACCCCAUGGCAAACAGAGCAACAUCGCCGACGGCAGCAGCCAAAGCUGAUCGAAGCCCACUGGUUUCUCCAACCAGCUCAAGGUCGGUGACGGAGACAGUGAACGGUUCGCACCGGUUCAUGAUCCAGGGUUACAGCUUAGCCAAAGGGAUGGGCGUGGGGAAGCACAUUGCGAGCGACAAUUUCACUGUCGGAGGCUACCAGUGGGCCAUUUACUUUUACCCCGACGGUAAAAACCCCGAAGAUAAUUCCACUUACGUCUCCGUUUUCAUUGCCUUGGCUAGCGAAGGUACCGACGUUAGGGCGUUGUUUGAGCUUACGCUUGUUGAUCAGAGCGGUAAAGGGAAGCAUAAGGUUCAUAGCCAUUUCGAUCGGUCCCUUGAGAGUGGGCCUUAUACCCUCAAAUAUCGCGGUAGUAUGUGGGGAUACAAGCGCUUUUUCAGACGAGCUUUACUUGAAACGUCAGAUUACCUCAAGGAUGACUGCUUGAAAAUAAAUUGCACUGUUGGAGUUGUUGUUUCAGUGAGUUCACGAUUACACUCAAUUCAGGUACCAGAGUCUGAUAUAGGAGCUCAUUUUGGUAUGCUGCUUGAAAAUAUGGAAGGUUCAGAUAUUACAUUUGACGUGGCUGGGGAAAAAUUUUGUUCUCAUAAGUUGGUAUUGGCAGCUCGCUCCCCUGUUUUCCGAUCAGAAUUUUUUGAUGGGAUGGAUGAAGAAAAGCAAGAGAUAGUUAUCACCAAUCUAGAACCUAAGGUGUUUAAGGCCUUGUUACACUUUAUAUACAGAGACACUCUUUCAGAAGAAGUGGAGAGUGUUGGGUCUAGCUCAGCUUCUGUAUCAUCAGUAUCUGAAACACUAAUAGCUAAAUUGUUAGCUGCAGCAGAUAGGUAUUGUCUGGAGAGACUGAAAUUAAUGUGUGAAUCCUGUCUCUGCAAGAAUAUAUCUGUAAAUUCUGUUGCCAAAAUUCUAGCUUUGGCUGAUGAAUAUCAUGCUAAGGAAUUAAGAGCUGUAUGUCUCAGAUUCGCUGCUGAAAACCUUGCAGCUGUGAUGCGGUCAGAUGGCUUUGAAUACCUAAGAGAGAGCUGCCCUUCGCUUCAGUCAGAGCUCCUGAAGACAGUUGCAGGUUGUGAGGAGGAUUGUAGCAGUGGUGGAAAAUCUAGGAGUGUGUGGGCACAACUUUCAGAUGGUGGCGAUACCAAUAGCAGGAGGGUCAGGCAAAGAACCUAAUCUGAUGAUUGUUGUCUUGUAAGUUGUAAAUGCAUGUGUACCUGUUCAAUGCCCGACAUCAACACCUGAUUGGUUGAUUCCCCAACAAAAAUAUAUAAAAAACGAAGUGAUGAUAUUGAAAAAAGGAAAAAAAAAUUCCUAAAGGAAGAGGCAGAAAUAAAAGCAUUGCCAAUCAAUGUAAGAGGAGUAAAUGGGAUUUUGUAGAUUUGUGAGUUUAUUACUGUAAAUCUCUACUAAGCUGUGUUAAACGUUCUCUAACCGGUCGCUCCGGUAUUCUGUUUACACCAUUGCUAACAAAUUUUGUCAUUUCCAGAUGGGAGAUAGAACAGCUAUUAAUCUAACUAAUUCUUUAUCUCUUUCUCUCUCUUUUUUUUUUUGGAUUCCAAUUCUUAAUUGGAAAGAUGGGCUAGUUAGAUAUGCAACAUUGAAUUUGUAUUUGGGUGAGAUUGGCAAUUGUUCUUAGUUGAGCCAGGCAGUUUUGAAGACCGGGAAGAAACUUUAAUUUUCUGUCUGGGUGUGGUCUCUUUGUUUAUUUAGAUGGUAAAUAAGCUGUUAUUCUGGUAAAUUGGAUUCCUCAGAAAAGUGGCGGAUCCUAGAGGCAAAACGUGGGCAUGAUAGUAUUUUUCGAGUGGUAACAGGCCACCCAGCUUUCAGAUAUUCUGUCAGAGCCUGGAAUUCGAAAGUCAAGAAGGUUACCCACAAACAUAUGAUCUUUUUGAGGUAUUUUGAUUUCGUCAAUAGCGAGUACCAUUAAUGAAUAACUU